AUGCUCGUCUCGUGCAUGAUAUAUCACCGUGCGAAAACGAUCCCAAACUGGGUUCUUCUCCUCCUCCCGCUAAGCAAACGCCUUCAUUCCAUCUACGUCUUACGACUGUUCAACGAUUGUUGGUCAUCGACCAUAGCCAUGUUCUCCAUCUACAUUUUCUCGUUUGCAGGAAACGAGCUCAUAGCGUGCUUCCUAUUCAGCUUUGCCCUUUCCAUCAAGAUGAACAUACUCUUGUAUAUGCCAGGUCUUCUAGUGGUCUUCCUCAAGAGCCUUGGUGUCAUCGAAUCGCUCGUACAUCUGGGCAUCAUUGUCCUCUUUCAGGUUUGGCUCGCCAUGCCAUUUCUCAUGUCACAUCCUCGGGCCUAUCUUUCACAUGCCUUCGACUUUUCUCGACAGUUUCUAUACAAAUGGACUGUCAACUGGAGGUUCAUACCAGAGGACACAUUCCUCUCAAAGCAAUUUGCCCUUUCUCUGCUCAUGGGCCAUUUGACAACGUUGGCUUUAUUCGCCUUUUUCCGCUGGUUUAAAAGCGAUGGGGGUCUAAUUGAGACCGUCAAACGAGGCUUCAUCCGUCCGCUACAGCGAGCCAGCUGGGACCUUCCCUCUGGCGAUGGCAAGUCGAAUGUUGUUCAUCAAAUAGUCACCGUUCUCUUUACGUCGAACCUCAUUGGGAUUACCUUUGCACGGUCGCUUCACUACCAAUUUUAUUCGUGGUAUGCCCAGCAACUUCCCUUGCUUCUAUGGAGAACACGAUAUCCCAUUGCUAUCAAGCUAUGCUUACUCCUAGGAAUCGAAUACUCCUGGAACGUCUUUCCCUCGACAGACCUGUCAUCUGCCAUUCUUGACAUUUCUCACCUGCUGAUUCUUAUCGGACUCUGGUUUGGAUAUCCCACCGGAACCAAAGGCCGAAAAGUUUCGUUCAACGACAAGGUUGACGAAGUCGAGGACGACACGAAUGUCUCAACUUCUUCCAUGGAAUGGGAGCCGGAAUCGUAG